AUGUUAAGCAGUGUUUCUCUCCGGGCUCAGAUCGCUUCCAUCAUAGAGUUACUUUCUAAAGCUGCGGUUGCAGAAAUUAGCAAAGUAGUCGACGAUGGCAUAGUUGUGUUACGUGUGGAAAUGUGUCAACGGGAAAAUGAAAUCAACGUCCUGAAAAAGACUGUACAACAACUUGACAGCGAGCUUCGAAGAGCUCGAGGGAUUCAAGCUCGAAAACGCAUUCAUCAUGGUCGAUCAGUCGCUGCUGGGAAUCUUGGGAGAGGUGGGUCGACGUAGUAGCAAUAACUCUUUUACAAUCAAUCAAUAGUUAUCAAUAGCUAACUAUGCACGUGACGUAACAUUAGUCAGCCACCAAUAUUACACAUUUUGCAGGUAAACAAUGUAACUAGGCCUAUUUAAUCAGCCUGCUCGCGUUCAGACUGCGCUUAGCCCAGGGCUAACGUUAAUCAUUUUCAGUCUGAAGGCCUCGUGUGUCUUCCAGUCAUAUCUCUGACUGUCCAAUGGGACGGGAGAUGAAUAGGAAAGACUAUCAUUAUAACCAACUCCGUGGUCAGAGUGCAGGCCUACGCCCUGAGAUUGGAAGGUUGGGGGUUCGACCAUAGAGACUCUCUCUCUGCUUGGCACUCAGCAUUAAGGAGAUGGAUUUAGGGGUAAUGUCCCCACAACAGACUAGUAUCCUGUCCAGGGUGUGUACUUGUACAUCCAGCUAUAGAAACAGGAGACUUGUGAAAUCAAAUCAUUACAAACCAUUACACCCUUCUUUGACACAACUGUCCCACAGGCACACAUUCAUUUAGAUUACUAUUAAAACAAACAGUGAAUGAUUUUUGAUGACUGACACACAAUACUUAUUCAUUUCCACAGGGCCUGGUAAAAGUGGUACCACUUGUGUGGGGAGGACGUCGCCUGAGGAAGACGGUAAUGAAAAGGAUGAAGGCGUUCGACCUGCGGAUGAGACUCCAGUGAAGACGGAGCCAGGAGAGGAGGAGGGUGACCAGGAAGAGCACACUGCAGGGAGAAAAGACAAGGAAGCAUCAUGCAGCAGUGUUUCGUUUCCAGGGAAACCAUAUUUAGAGUCAGAUGUCAGACAGGAUAUGAUUUUACAGCUCAGACAACAACAACAUUAUCGUCAGUCAGAUGCGCUCAGGGGAACAAGCGACGGCACAGUAAAGUCAAACCCAGACCCUCAAAGCGUAUUCGGUUUUGGCCCUAAUUAUAAUACCGCAAGGAGAGCGAGGACCAAUAGGUUUUGCCAGGUUAAUAAACACUUCAUUUGCACACUGUGUGGAAAGAGUUUUGAACGUUACGGUCAUCUUGAAAGACAUCUGCGAAUUCAUACGGGUGAGAAACCGUACAGUUGUGACAUAUGUGGAAGGUGUUUCAACCAGAAGGGUAGCCUCAAAGGGCAUCUGAAGACUCACAGAGGUAAGAUACUAGAAUCACUUCAUAGGUUAUAGGUCAAAGACAAUUCCAUGCCUGUGUACCAAAUAACCUAUUCCCUAUUUAGUGCACUACUCUACUUCUGACUAGGGCCCAUAGGACUCUGGUCAAAAGUAGUGCAUCAUAUAGGGAAUAGGAUACUGUUUGGGACACAUUCACUACAUAAUGACAUCCAAUAUAUUGGUUAUUAUAGGACAUAAACAAUUCUAUGCCUCCAUUGUUUUAUUAAUCCAUUUUCCACACAGUAUCGAUGGACGGACUAGCUAACAACGAGGAGAAGCCUUCCCUGGAUAGACGUCAGUCUGAGGAAGAGCAGUGCAACGAAAAGGACGAAGUGAUCCAAACUGCUCCUGAAAUGCCUAUGAAGUCUGAGCCAGGGGAGGAGAAGGAUGCAUCCCAGAUACUGGAUCAUAAAGCAGAAGAACAGACUGCAGGGAGAGCAGAACAUCAACUGGAUGAGGAACUGUCAAUGUACGAGAGAGACAGCCAGCCGUGGAUGUCCGGUUCACAAGCAGACAAUGAUAUAGAGAUGAGCAAUUCAGAAUAUUUCAGCAGUUCAGGUCAGAACUCCCAGUGUCUCACUGAUCACUCUCCUGUCCCAGGAAUGGCGGAGGCGUCAUGCAGCAGUGCUUCAUCUCCAGGGAAACCAUAUGUAGAUGUCAGAGAGGAUAUGAUUUUACGGGUCGGACAGCAACAUUAUGGACCUUCAGACACACUCUUGAUAGCAAGUGACGGGACAGUACAGCCAAACUCACAGGGCAUGGACGGGGCUUCUCUGAACCAUCAGCCCAUCUUCUCUGGUUUUCCAAGGAAAGUUAAAACCUUCCAAGGAGUCACCAAGGACAAGAAGUGCUUCAUCUGCUCAUUCUGUGGGAAAGUUUUUGAGCGUGUUGGUCAUCUGGAAAGGCACCAGCGAAUUCAUACGGGUGAGAAACCGUACAGUUGUGACAUAUGUGGAAGGUGUUUCAACCAGAAGAGUAGCCUCAAAGGGCAUCUGAAAACUCACAGAGGUAAGGGACGAGGAUAAUAUUGAUGUGUUUUCAUACUUUUAAUACAUGAAAAAGGUUAACUCUUAAGUGCGUAAAUCAGUCAAUUAUUCUGUAAUUAACAGACAGUAUGCCUGUUAUAUCAUUAUAUAAGGCUGUGUCCUUAAUGACACCCGAUUCCCUUCAUAGUGCACUACUUUUCACCUGGGCCCAUAGGGAUCUGAUCAAUAGUAGUGCACUACAUACAGAAUAGGGUGCCAUUUGGGACACAAAGUGUUUUCCCUUUCUCUAUCAGUGGUUUAUGAUGAAGUUAAACAGUUCACGUUGGAUGAUUUACAUUGUUUGAAUUGCCGUAUUGUUGUUAAAAUCUAUGCUAAAAUACUUCAUACUCUUUUCCUGUCAAGCAGACGGUGCUGACAUGCUAACGGGACAACCUCCGCUUGAUGAUGAGAAGCCUGACGUUUAUCCUAGACCCUCGGAGAACCCAGAGGAACCGACGGAUCAGCCCCCACCUGCUGAAGCACAGCCUGUCUGUGGGCACAGUGAGGAGGAGGGCAGGGGGCAGGGCUUGGUGGGGAAAGCGGAGCAAGAGAAACAGUUUGGAUCCCAGAUACUCAGUCAGUCAGGACAUCAACACCAACAAACCACAGAGCGACCAGGUUAUCAGGACGACCCAGAGUAUGUCAUGGAUGGGAGGGAGACGCAGCUGUGUAGAUCUUUCACAGAGAGGCACAGUGAUACCGAGUCUGGAUCAGUACAUCCAGGUUGCUCCUCCGAUGUGACAAAGCAGCAGAAUUCCCAUCCUGUUUCACCCAGUGUCAAAUACCAUCCCAGUCCUUUUGAUGGACUGCACCAGCAGCACCACCACCAGGGGUUCUAUACGUCAGCUUCUAGAGAGGUGGAACUUGAAGACUUGUCUUUUCAGGAUGAGGAAGACAAGCUGGAUAUGAUUGAGGAAGAGCAGUAUGCAGGGAUGGCUCUACAUGCAAGGAACAGGGAGGAUGCUGAUGAGAGAAUACUACCCAGGUUUCAGGACCGGGCACCACCUCCACCACUUCCUGUAGAGGAGGAAACAGCGAUGAGAGAGUACAUCACAGAACCAAACUACAGUCAAGAGGGAAUUUUAUUUGCCCUUGGUAUAGACAGUUUUGACAGUACAGAGGGCAGC